CAUCACCGACCACCCGAAGCACCUCGUUGCUUGACUCGGCUCGCUGCCUCGCUCCGUUUACGGCGGGUCAAUUUUCACGAGCGAUUCCUAAUAAACCUCAGGCGCCUGUGCUGGGCCCUUGCGUGACUGACCUGUGUUGUGGGCAUGGGAUGCGGUAGGAAGUCAAGUAAGCAUCGGGAUUUUUCCUUUCCUUUCAUUAAUUAUCGCUCGGCCCGCCGCUCGACCCUGCCUGCUCUGCUCGUCCAUGACGAUUGUCCUCGUCGGCGCCCGGUGCCUUUGAACGCAAAACGGAUUCCCCGCGGCAACCAAAAGGCGCAAACAAAGGCGCAAACACCACUUACCAAAGAGGCGACCACACCGGCGCGGUGACGAGACGUGUCUCUCUUCUCUCUCUGCCUCGCGCACUCCCCUCGGCCGGCGCAUCGGGCCUUUCAUUUUUCUUUUGCUUGUUUUACCUAAACUUAUCCGUUCGUACCUGAACAUAGCACCAGCUGCAGCCCGCUGCAACAUCGCCCGCCGACUGGAACACCCUGCCAUCCCGCCUGCCUGACCCCCCCGCGACAGCUCUACAGGCGUGCGCUUGCUUCAGUGUCUGGCUGACGGGCCGCCAGCCUGACACCGGACCGGCGGCUGUUCGUCCACUCGUCGUCCGCAUUCGUACCGCACGCUGCACCCCGAGCUGAAUGGAUGCCCGACCCGUCUGCCCCUGAGCGACGACUGCGACACUCUCUGCAUCCCUGCCAAUACAUGCCUCAGGUGGUCCGAUCACAGCACGUUGCACCCAAGACGACUCACCCUGCCAUUCAUCGCAAGGGCCUCCGAACACUUAGUACGAAAGGUACCACUUCCUGUCAAAAACGGGUCGGGUACGUACUGUAACUGGUUCUCGGUCGCGACGGCGGCGGCGUCUGCUGACCCCGCCACCACCACCACCACCACCACUACCGCCACCACCAUCAGCCAGCAUUCAGUACCACCACGCAACCACUAAACCACACCUGGCCUCCUCCAUCGUCCUGCAUCCUCGUGCAUUGCAUCGCAUCACAUCGCGUCGUCCCGCGCCCGCCGCUCCCCCAGUGCUGCGCGCCGUGCUCCCUUUCACUCUUCGCGAGGGCCGCUCCCACUCUACUCAGCUCGACACCGUCGCACAGCUCCAACAAAGAGUCAACUUCGAUAGUCGUCCCUAUUGCCAUCGAUACCAUCCGCCCUAGGGCGAGUCGGCGCCUCGCCUCUACAAUAAGACUCCAGCGUCCUCUCGACUGGUCCCCCGUCUCAUAAGGCGCUCCCGUCGCGCCGUCGACUCGGUCGGCUGAGCUGCGACUGGGCCCCGUUGCCUCAUACACCCAGGCGCCGCCCGCAGGUCCUCAACUUGCCAGGUGGUGAUAUCCCGAACCGUCCGAGGCCCUGGAUCAAAGACUCCGACAGCUGUAACGGCACAGCUAUGCCUCACUCUCCUCCAGCCUAUCUAUUUGUCGUAAGACAUGGAAACCGACUCGAUGCCGCUGACAAGAAAUGGCAUCUCACCUCGCCAACCCCGUAUGACCCGCCCCUGACGUACGGUGGCUUCCUACAGGCGAGGCAGGUGGGCAACCAGAUCAGCAACUACUUGGAGCAGGCCAAGCUCGAUGAGGAGGUCUCGCAGAACGGCGCAGCCCUCUCGGCCAAGCGGAGACGCUUCAAGAUUGUCAUACACAGCUCGCCCUUCCUCCGCUGUGUUCAGACAUCCAUCGGCAUCAGCUCUGGCCUCGCCCAGACGUCUCCCGACUCCAUCUUCAGCCCCGCCGACAUCAUCGUCCCCAAAGCCACCCCAACCUCUCAGCCGUUCCAGUUCAAGUCCAGCCUGCUGCGCCUCGACUCCUUUCUUGGAGAAUGGCUCUCUCCAGAAUACUUUGAGAUGAUCACGCCACCUCCCGGCCCUGCGCUUAUGAUGGGGAGCGCCAAAGCCGAUCUUCUGCGGAGGGAUGAUUACAGCGCCUACACUGAUCAGGCUCCGCAACCGCCCCCGGAGAAGCCGGCUUCGAACGGUUCCCUAUGGCAAGCGUCUCCGAGUUCAGGCUCGUCCAGUGGAGCACAGACACCAAGGUCAGAGUCAAAUGCGGCCCUCAAUGUGUCCGGCUUGGCGUCUGCUCUGCCUGCUCGGGAGGCCAGGGGGGAGUAUGUUGCCCCCAGGCCGUUGCACUCCGUGUCUGGCAGCCACAAGAUCCCAGAGGGCUUGGUUGCCCACGCUCGAGAUUCGUGUAUGACCGUGGAUUACCAGUGGGAUUCGAUGAGAGAGCCUCUCGAUUUCGGCGACGGUGGCAAGUUUGGGGAAGAAUGGACGUCAAUGCAUACGCGUUUCCGCGGCGGUUUGAGAAAGCUGCUCAACUGGUACGCCACGGCAGACAAACCCGCUGACUUGGUCGCACAGCCUUCGAAAGCGACCGGCGGUGACGGGCCCGAGGUUGAAAAGGAAGACGAAGACAUCGAGACGGUCGUCAUCGUUGUGUCCCACGGCGCUGGCUGUAACGCUCUAAUCGGAGCUAUUACUCACCAGCCUGUGCUCAUGGAUGUGGGCAUAGCGUCCAUCACUAUGGCGACGAGGAAACCGAAUCUCGAUUACGAACAGAUGUUGGCAUCUGUCGAAGCAUCAGCGGACCCUUCAGGAAAGCCUUUUGUCCAGGUGGAUAAGAUGUACGACAUGCGGCUAUCCGCCAGCACUGAACAUCUGAAAUCCAGCGGCUCGACUCCUGUGUCGUCGAGGUCGCAAUCAAAUUCGAAUAUCUGGACCGCGCCAACUCCCGGCACGCGUGGCCGGACUUCGACAUUGGGUAGCACUGGCGGCCCUGUCAUGAGCCCAUUCAUGUAUUCGGAUCCGUUUUCGUCGACAGGCAGUCGAUCCACGUCGGCCAGCGCGGCAAUGGGAAGUUCUCUAAGGCGCGAGUCGGCUUCGUUCCGACCUACGCCGCGUGGGUCGGCUAUGGCCACGACGGGGAUAGUUGGUACUGCCGGACAAUCACCCGCUCGCAGCCGAUCUCCCGGCACCGGCACCGGCGCUUCAUUUGGGCUCUGGGCGCCGGUGCCAUCAUCGUUGCGGCUGAUGGAUGACGGCGGUGACGAUGCGGACGAUUUUGGCUCCAUGAUGCCCAAUUUUGAUCAAACGCGAUUCGAAUCCGCCGUCGCAGAAGACGAGUCGGAGGUCUCCUCAGUGAAAAUGCCAUCCACAGCGUCAGCGGCGGGCGCUGUGCCCCCGUCGCCAGCAACAGCCUUUCCGGCAGCAAAAAGCACCUCCCGCGGGCCAGUGCUUGCCGCUCCGAUCAAGCUGAACACGAGCAUCGUCCCGGAGAAGGCAGCUGAGGAGAUGAAGAUGUCCCAACUUGGCGGCGGCCUGGGCGGACUCUGGGGACACCCGCCACCGCCGGACGAGGCGGAGCGAUUUCGCGAUCUUAGUCUGACCAAACGACGGUGGACCGUUAACGAGCGAGCAUGAAGUCUGAAGCAUCGAUUUUCCAUGUUUGGCUGCUGGUCUCUGAUGCCUAGCUAGGCUUCUUGCUAUGCGCCCAAGGAAGUCUCGUCCGAAUGAUUUAAUACCCUGGUUUAUAGCGUUGUCAGUGAGUUCCGUUUGCGUUUUGAUGAGCGGCGCUACGGGCGGGAUUUGAUCUUGCACAGCAUGGCGGUGGCGAAAGGGAAGAUGUGUGAUGCGUGGAACGUGCGCGUAUCGCAGAAAAGGGGGGAGGCGUUCUCCAAGGGCAUAUAUGAUGGGGAUACCAGCGGGUCGACUAUCUCCUCUCACCUUGACGGAGCGUGCGAUUGGUGUAGUUCUUACGGCUCCGACGGCGGCGGCGACUGCCUGUAAAGGGUCCAAAUCUAAUCUAUUCAAUACUCAUGUAAAGAUUGCCCG